AUGAUUCAUUCUUCUAAUAGUAAUUCUAUUUCAACACCAUUACCUAGACCAACACCAACUAAUGCGUUACCUAAUGGUGUAACAUUAAAUUUACCACAAAAUAAUAAUACAUCAAAUAUAAAUAAUACAACAUUACAACAUCAAUUGCUAAUGUUUAGUAAACAACAUUGUUUUCUUUGUGAUUAUCCUAGAAUGCCAUGGGCAAUGUGUCCUGAUUAUACAGAACCAAUAUGUAGAGGAUGUGUCAAUUAUGAGGGUGCUGAAAAAGUAGAAGCAACAAUAGAAAAAGUUAAACAAAUGAAACGUGCUCAUAUGGCAUUACUUGCCCUUGAAACACCAUCACCAACUGCUGGUACAACGGCUAAUAAAUUUAAAGAAUCAUUUACAAAUGGUAGUUUAAUAUCAGGUGCUAAUCCACCAGGGCGUUUUUCACCACCUGCUGCUGUUGCUACAAGAACUCCAUCAUCAUCUACAAAUUCAAUACCACCUGCUAAUAAUCCACCAGGUGCUACACAACCAUUACCAGCCGGAGUCCCAUUACAUUUAGCACAAUUUAAUCAAUUAUCAGAAGUAUUAGCACAACAACAACGUAGUUUAGUAGCAACAACAAGAGCUAAUAAUCCAUUUAGUGGUUUAGAAGAUUUAAAUAAUCUUAAUCAAUUACGAUCUAUAUCAAAUCUUCUUCAUCCAUCUACAGCUACCAAUAAUCCAUUUAAUCUUAGUUUGGUAGGUGUACCAGGUUUAACAACAACAACAGGAAAUAUAACAAAUUUAUUUCAAAAUUCUUUAACAUCAGUUACAACUAAUGGUUUAGGGCAUUCUCAAGUUUCAUCAAUUGGUAAUAAUAAUGGUGGUGGUAUAAAACGUGAACAUCCAGAUGAUGAUAUAAAAUUAGAUGUCUAUUCAGCAAAAAUUCAUAGAGGUGAUAAUCAGACAAAUUCAUUGUCACCAAUAUCAACAAAUUCACCAGAUAAUUCUACAUUUUCACAAUCAUUAGCUAAUGUAGCAUUAUUACAUAGACAGGCACGUCUUGAUGCAAAUAGAAGAAGAUUUCCUGAAAUAAGUAAUAUACCUAGUUUUCAAAGAGAAAAUGUUCUUAGAUGUACAACAUGUAAUCAACGUUUAGAAGAUACACAUUUUGUACAAUGUCCUUCAGAGGAUGAUCAUAAAUUUUGUUUUCCAUGUUCUAAAAAAUAUAUUAGAGGUAAUGCAUCAAGUCAUGAAGUAUAUUGUCCAAGUGGAAAAAAAUGUCCUUUACCAAGAAAUAGUACACCAUGGACAUUUAUGCCAAAUGAAAUUGCUACAAUAUUAGGUGAUGAUUAUGAUCAAUUUAAAAAAGAAAAAGAUAACUUUUUAAGAUUAACAACAACAAUAACUACAUCAACACAAUCUGGAAAAUCUUCAACAAGUAGUAAUGUAAGUGUUAGUGAAUGUGAAGGACAAAGUCCAAAAUCAUCAAUAAGUUUGACAAAUGGAAGUAAUGAAUUACUAGCAAAUGGUGUUAAACAACAAAAUCAAGCAGUUACAGCUGGUGGUGUUUAA